AUGCUUGCUUUUGCAUUUACUUGGAGAGAGUCUAAGAGGACUUUGGAGACGGCUGGUUACGAUUUCCCAAUGUCUGCUGUUCUAAGAAAACGGGAAAAACAAGCAAUAAUUGAGGAACAGGAAAAACAGGCAAAUAUGGCCCGCUUAGAGCCCGUUACAAGACAACUUGAGUUAACUGAGAAGCUUUCUAACGAAGAAGAUAAACAUAUGACUGUUAAUGAAGAGCCUGAUGGUGGAGCUUAUCGGCGAUUUCGCGAUCCAAGACUUGGUGGUGCUAUUUUUCACGACCCCUGA